GAGUUCGAGAAGAACGGCCGCCUCGAGCCCUGCGCCCCGUGGAACUACUGCCAGAGCAUCGUGAGGGGCCCGUUGUGGGACUCGUCGGGCUACGGGGACAUGGGCGGCGGCGUCGGGAAGCUCGGCGUGCCCCAGCGCCCGAGCAUGACGGACCUGAAGGAUUGGACCGCGAUCUUGCUAUGGGGCGACUUGGCUGACUUCGGACCGAGGAGCAGUGCCACUAACUUCUGCGAGUCGGGGUGGUGGCCCAAUCGUUCGAUCAAGGCCUUCUUCCCCGUGACUGGGAUCGAGAAGUUUCUGAAGGCGGAUGACGAGGGGUGCUGGGGCGUGUUGGUCGUGACGGGGAUGAGCCAGAUCACAGUGAGCGAGCGCUGCAAGAUGAUCUCCGGGGUCGCAGCUGACGUGAAGGAGAUAUUGACAGCAUGGGCGCCGCAUGAGAUGAGGGCGUCGAGGCUGCGCAAGGCGGCUUCCAGGGCGGACAUCCAGUGGCUGAUCGCGCAGAUCGAGGACUGGGCGGCGGAGUCCAUCGGAUUGGCCACGCGCGCGGAGUGGAAGGAUCUCAAGCAGCAGGAUGCGACGGCGAGUCUGGCCGACACCACGAACAAG